AAAACAUAAUUUUAAUGUAUUAUAAUAAUACAUAAUGCAUAUUGUUGAAUAUAAAAAUGUUAAGCUAAGUACAUACAUAGAGAGUAAAUAUUUGGCAUGCAUGUCAGCAACCCUAUUUUACUCUCACGAAAUAUUCCUCUUUGCUUUUUAAACAUAUCUAAUCGGAAUUGCAGUCAAAAAACGAAUAGGAGAAAAUUCUGUAAAAAGAUUGAUUUUUCCUAUAGAGCGCACAGUUCGGGUGAAAAUUUUAAUGCAUAACGACGGGGCUACGCAAAAUUAAUACAUUUGACAUUUCUACAAUUAAUAAAAAAUACUUGAACAUAGAUAUAAAAUUAAUCUAAAACUCAUUAACAAAGAAUUAUCAAACAAUAAACGAAACAAAUUCAAAGUAACCUGUGCAAUAUAAAUAUUAUGUCACCUAGUAACCAAUUUUUAAUUUUUUCACUCAUAAAAUGUUGGUAGAAUUUUAGUUGUUGGAACGUUUUUUUUAAGUUUUAUAAAAGUAAAACGCAUAUAUUUAGGAAUUUAAUUCUUAAAGGUGUUUGAAAAAAUUGCUAUUAAAUUUUAGCUAGUAAAAUUGCAGUAAUAAUUAAAAUAACCAACAAAAAAAAAAUGUGUUUGCCGUGCAGUUUAAAGCUGUAAGACUGUGUAGCACCCCGGAAGGCGUAAAAGAAUUCACCUGAAGUAUAGUCUUUAAAUAAGCGAAUAUGCAAUAAGUUAAGAGCCAAAUCAGAGAUGGUGAUUACGUAUAAAGUUGAAAAAGCUUAACAAAAAGUGGAUGUAUUCUCUACAGUCGAAAACAGAAAAAUUGAAGAAAAACAAACAAACUACAAACAUCAACAAAUUAGGUUAAUUUAAAUCUAUAGAUUCGUACAAAGGAAAUAACAAAAGUAGGUCAGAAUUGCGUGUAGCUUACCUCCUCCGGAAUUGUGUAGAUGUGAUCGGCAUCUGCUCUCUUUACCACUAAUUUAUAAAUAAAGGAACCUAAGUACCAGGCAACAAUAACAACGAAGAAAACCACGCUAGUCGCAAUUCCAAUUGUGUGUUUGUGUAUCUACUUCGGAACCAAAAAUAGAUUUUAAGCAUACAGAAAUGGAUUCACUAAAGUUACCAAAAGGUGGCAAUAAUUCAGCUACAGCUUCCAACAGUGGCAAUACCAAAACAACUAGUAGCGUUCCAAUAACAGUUCGCUUUAAUGCUGGUGAUGAAUGCAUUGAAGGUUUGUUCCAACAGUAUCAAAACAGUGGACAUAGUGGUGGAAGCACUGGCGGUAAUAACAGUGGUGGAGCAGACUCACUCUCAACGAGUCCCUCACAGCACCAUCAACAAACACAAAAUGCAGAAGAACUGAAUUCGCGUAAUUUUCUGCAAGGCAAUUUCUUUAAUCGCAAAAGAUCCGGUAGUAUCGAAGGUUUAUCACCAACGUCAUCUGGUCCAAAUCUUAUUGCAGCACUCUCUAGUAGCGGUGACAGUGGAUCAGUUGGUACUUGGAAAUUAAUUAAAGGAAAAGUAUCUCAAACUAUUGAGGACAUAAAAUCAUCAAAAGGCAGCAAUCCAUCAUCAACAAUUCCACAUUCCAAAAGUGACAUAUAUCAUGAACCAGAUUCUGAUCAAGAAAAUGCAACUGUUAAUUCUUCCAUUAGUGAAGAUCUUCCACUAGACCAAGAACUAAAACAACAACAUUCAGAUUCAGAUGUCGAUUGUGAAAUUUUACUAGAGGGUGAUGUAGAACGUUCUCGCUUGAAACGCGGUUUAGCAAAUCUUAGGUCAAAAGUAAAAGCUAAAACAACUACACAUAAUAUACAUUAUCAUCAUCAUCAACAGCAGCAACCUCAAAUUACCUUAACAACAGCCGCACCUACUAGUAGCGCUGCAAGUACGGCUCCUAAGAAAAAAUUGGAUACAAUCUUUAAACGUAACGGUAAUGGUGCAUCUACAACCACGGCUCCAACACGCACUGGGUUUUUGCGCAGAAGACAUAAACAAACUAUUGAAGGAGCAGAGUUAGCUGUACCUGCAAACAGUGAUGAAAAUCUUUCUUCUUUAAUUCCUAACGUAAAAACCAAUCAACCAGUAAAAAAGAAGGGCAUUAUAGAGGGUAAAAAAAUAGUGGAGAUAGAGUCUGGAGUCGAAAUGCUUGAGGAUAUGAUACCGCAUUCAAUUUCAGCAACAGAUUUACAGGCCACUCCAAGCGUUACUAAAAAGAGGGAGUUUAAAGAUUUACCUUCUGAAGAAGACUUGUUUGACUCCGUCGUCAAUACAAAAUUGGCUAAAUCAUGCACUGUUGAUGAAAAAACUGAGACUGCUGUUGACAUCAAUUUAAAAACUACAGAAAUUCUACUAAUUAUGAGAGAUACAUUCCGGGUUUUACCUACAAGCUGCAUUUUGGGAUUAAUAGUCAUUAACUACUUACCAAUAUAUGAUUUUUUAAAGGGAGCAUUAUCGACGUUGCUAUUUAUUGGAAUUCUGCAGUCAUUGACAGAACUAACACAAUAUGUUUUUAAUAAAUUUAUUUCUGUAAAGUCGGAAAAGUCAGCUUUUGAAAUACCAGACUAUAGUAAAAUGCCUAUUUGUGAAAUACCCGUCAUAGAGGAACAUAAAAAUAUAAAAAGUUAUAAGGGUUGGAUGUGUGAAAUAAACAGCUAUGAUCCAGAUAAAUUUCAAAUUUCCAUGACAAAGACAGUUUAUGUAAAACUAGAAGGUACUAUGUUGAAGAUCUCGAAUAGCCUUGCACGCAUACCUCGACGUGCUUUAUGGAACGAACCACCGAUUGAUCACAAGAUUAUACUCUUUACAAAUCGUCGCAGUUACAAUCUUUUGGGAUGCCGCAUAGAACUGCUGCCACUGGGACUAGCACGUAAAAGAUAUUUCAACCGGAAAUAUCCCAUACAACUUAUCAUCAAAUGCCAAACAGAACAACUACAACAACAACAACGUAAUGAAGAACUUCAACACCAGAAUUCUGCAAAUACUUCAAAACGUCCAUCCAAUAGUAGUAUUAGAGAUAAUAGUGAAAUGAAUUCUGCUGCAUCAGUUGAUAGUCGAGAUUCCAAAGAAAACAAGCAGUCCGACAUUUUUGAUGAUAAUCGAAUGUCACAUGAUUUUGUUGAAUUAGACUCUGAAAUGGAUUUUGCAGCGACAAUACUAAGCGCAGAUUUACAAACUUUACAAGACCCGGACACAGAUUUGAAGGGCAUCACAAUGCCUUGUGGAGAUGAAGAAAGGCUAUUAUUAUUUGCUCGCACUGAUCGAGAAAAAGAAGAUUGGUAUCGUCGUUUUGUGGCUGCUAGCAAUGGUGAAGUUCAUGACCAGGAUUUACGUUUACCAAAUAUAAAGCUUAUAAACGAAAAAGAUUUGCAAGCAGCAGCUGUGAAAGCUGCUCUUAAACUUACUGACACAAAGCUUCCUAAUGCAACUAGUGGCAAAGAUGACACUAACGUGAAUAUAGCAAAUGUUAAUGUGGCAAGUUCGAGCUCCUUAACAAAUGAAGAUCAAAAUGAUAAUGAAGGGGAAUCACAGAACAAAGAAGUAAACGAUGACGGUGAUGUAGAACCUGAGACGGAACAAGCAAUCGAUAAUGAAUAUGAAGGCUUACUUAUAAGUUCUUGUGCCGCUAGAAAUCAAGAGGAAUAUAUUAAAUUCAUGGCUCUUUAUCAGAAAGCUUGUAAUCAAACCAAAAUCCCAGUUUAUAAAAAUAUGGAACAUAGAAGUCAUAAAAAUCUACACCGUCGUGCUAGACGUCAAGCUGCUGAUCUAUGGAAAGGAAUAGAUCAGUCACUUUUUUUGGGUCCUUCUGGCAGUGUGGUCUGGACUAAUGUACUUAUUGGUCGUUUCGUUUACAGUGUUUUAACUGAUAACACUAUGUUAUUAAAAAUACAAGAAUUCUUACAAAAGAAGUUGAGCUCUAUAAAGUUACCACCUUUUAUGGAAGAUGUUGUUAUUACAAAUAUUGAUUUAGGCAACACUCCGCCAUUGGUACAUCGUAUUUCACAACCCUUACUAGAUGAACGCGGUACCUGGGUUGAUGCAGAUGUCACUUAUGAGGGCUUGGCUCACAUAACAGUUACAACAAAACUAAAUUUGCUCCGUUUAAAACGUUCUCCAAGACCAACUUCUUUAUUAGAUACCAGUUCUACACUUUCAAAUGUGCCACCAAUUCAAUUAAUACCAGAAGAUAUGGAAAAUAGCUUUCUUUCAAUUGUGAACGAUCAAUUGGUAGAUGUUCAUUCUUCGAGCAGUGCUAUUUAUGAUAGCGAUGCCGAAAGUUCUGGUGGUUCCAGUACGGAAUCAGAAAGUCCAGUUACAACAACAGUUACGGAAACUGCUACAGCAAACAAUCCCAGUGCAUCAAGCGAUUUCAGUGUAUUUCACACAUCACCGGGAAAUGCACGAAGAAUUUUUAAAAUAGUUGACCGCAUAACUGCCUCAAACUUAUUUCAAUAUGCCACCGAAAUUUCAUAUGUACAAAAAGCUAUGGAAAAUAUGAGCGCUAACAUAACAUUAAAGGUAGAAAUCAAGGGAUUAGUAGCGCGGGCUACAGUUAACAUUCCACCUCCACCGUCAGACAGAGUGUGGUUGGCUUUUCGAGGUCCACCACGUCUAUGGAUAACUGCGAAACCGGCCUUUGGUGAUAAAUCCGUUGAUUGGAGCAUAGUUACAAGCGUUAUUGAGAGUAAACUCUGCGAAUCAGUUAAUAAAUUUCUGGUUUAUCCUAACAUGGUUGAUGUUACUAUACCUAUUUUAGGCAGAUCUACGUAUCAGGAAACAAAUUAAUUUAAUAUAUUUAAGUAACAGUAUUAUAUUUUUCAGAUACUAUUUUUAUGUUGGGGAAAUAUUUAUUUAUUUAUACUGAAAAUGCUUGGUUGUAUUCCAUUAGUAUAACAAUAGAUUAUGCUAUAAUAUUUAUUAAAUUAAGCAUAAAUUAUUUUA